CCCUUUAUGGUUAGCGAGUAUUGUAAGUACGGGAACGUAUGCGAGUAUCUGCGUGGUCCUUUCCCCGAAGCCGAUCGUCUGUCUCUGCUGAGUGGUAUCGUCUCAGGCAUGAUAUAUCUACACGGGAAUAGCAUCGUCCAUGGUGAUCUCAAAGGCGUCAACGUUCUUGUGGACGAUAAUCAUCAAGCUAUUCUUGCCGACUUUGGUAUCUCGCGGCUCCUGGAUGACACUCUCACAAUCCGUAGCCACGCGUCUCUCACUGGGUCAUUAAACGGUACUUUUCGCUGGAUGGCGCCCGAAUGUCUCAGCGGUACCCGAGCUAAGAAGUCCUCGGACGUCUACAGCUUUGCCAUCACGGCCUGGGAGAUAUUUAGCGGCGAAGUUCCCUUUUUCGGCAUAUAUGAGCCUUUAUUGGCCAAAGCCGUUGUCGACAAUGGAGAGCGUCCCAAGCGUCCGGGCAGGCUGGACAAGGAGGAGAACGACUCUCUAUGGAAGUUGAUGGAGUCGUGUUGGGAUGGAGAUCCUUCGGCCAGGCCAUCCUUUGUCAGUAUACAAGAUACUAUGAAAUAUGAUCUUCCCAGACCUAAAGGUAAGAACACCUUCAGAAAUCUACGAAGAGGUCAUAGCAGUUAA